AUGAAGGCAGAGGACCUGGAGCUGAUCCGGUCCUGGUGCGGGGCCCGGUCUGUGCGGCGGGGGCCCGUGAUCCAGACCCUGUGGAGCGGGUACGGCGACAUCACCCGGGUGCUGCUGCAGGGCUGUGAGCGCCCCUCUGUGGUCGUCAAACACGUGAGGCCCCCGGCACAGACCGCCUCAGACCGGUCCCACCAGAGACCGCCUCAGACCGCCUCAGACCGGUCCCACCAGAGGAAGGUCCGCUCCUACCAGGUGGAGGCUCAUUGGUAUCAGAACUACACCACUGGUCCCAGCUGUCGGACCCCGGUCUGCCUGGGGUCCACCUCCAGGGGCCGCGAGAUGAUGAUGGUGUUGGAGGACCUAGACGUAGCUGGAUUCGACCAACGCAAGACCAGUGUGGGGGACAGAGAGAUGAGGGUGUGUCUGCGCUGGCUCGCCCACUUCCACGCCCUGUUCCUGGGGAGAAACCCGGACGGACUGUGGCCCGUGGGGACCUACUGGCACCUGGAGACCCGGCCUGACGAGCUGGAGGCCAUGGACCACCCGGAGCUCCGGGCAGCAGCCGCGGACAUCGACAGGACCCUCUCCAACUGCCGCUUCCAGACCAUUGUCCACGGAGACGCCAAACUCGCCAACUUCUGCUUCUCCUGCAGCGGGGAGGAGGUGGCGGCCGUGGACUUCCAGUACGUGGGGGGAGGCUGCGGCAUGAAGGACGUGGCGUACUUCUUAGGCAGCUGCAUGGAGGAGCGCGAGUGUGAGGAGAAGGUACCUGUGCUCCUGGAUUACUACUUCACUGAACUGAGGAGAGCUGUGGGCAGAGAGGAGGGCAGAGAGGAGGGCAGAGAGGAGGGCAGAGAGGAGGUCCCUGCUGUGGACACGGUGGCCUUGGAGGCAGAGUGGAGGCAGAUGUUUGCGUUCUCCUGGACAGACUUCCAUCGCUUCCUCCUCGGCUGGAGCCCCGGACACUGGAAGAUCCACGGCUACAGCAGGAGGCUCACAGAGGAGGUCCUGAAGCAGCUGCAGCAGGAGGCCCACAGAAGAGGUCCUGAAGCAGCUGCAGCAGGAGGCCCACAGAGGAGGUCCUGA